AUGGAUUUAACUACAUUGAAAGCUCAGAGAAAAGGACUGAGGGCGUCUUUUACCCUCAGUAUGAAAAAAAUUGAAGCUGAACUUUUGAAGGAAAUUACUGGUUCGGAUGAACUUUUAAUUUUAAGAAAUCAGAUUUCUGACAAAUUCAAGCGGCUGGAUGAUUGUCAGAGCAUAAUAUCUGAGCUGUUGUUGAAAGAUAAAAAUGCCGAGGAGGCUUAUUAUGAAGAUUGUAAAGAAGCAGAAAAUUAUCGGGACAAGUUUAUUCAAAUUUGCUCUCUGCUUGAUUUAAAGUUUGAAAAUGUUCAGCGUAAUGGGAACAUUAGUAAGCGCAACUUUAAGCUGCCGACGAUAGAACUUAAAAAGUUUAACGGCGAAGCAAGAGAAUUUUUAAAUUUUUGGAGCCAGUUCAAGAAAAUCCAUGAGGACAAGAGCAUUGAUAAUGAAGAUAAAAUGCAGCAUUUAAUUCAAUCGAUGGAACCUGGUUCGAAGGCAGAAAGAUUAGUGCUGAGUUUUCCUGCUACCGGAGAAAAUUAUUGUAAAGCAAUACAGCAGUUAAAGGAAAGAUUUGGCCGUGAUGAUCUGCUGGUGCAAGUGUAUGUUCGAGAUUUAUUGAGAUUAGUUAUGAAAAAUGCUGCCGCAGGACAGGGGAAAGCUGAUCUUCCAUCCCUCUAUGACGAAUUGGAAGGAAAACUUCCGCGCGUUGGAAACCCUUGGACGGACAAAAGAAAAGUAUGGAGAUUUCUUGACGCCUUUGGUUGA